AUGGGUGAAAUCGAAUCUACCAAAGACGUUCCCGUCACUGAACCUGUGGAGAGCAGGAUUAUCACGGAAAAGGUUAUCACUGGCUCAGGAGCAUUGGCCGAAGCUGCAGUAUUGGAACAUGUCAACCCCUUGAGCAAGGGGUUGCUGCAGCUAUACUUGAUCAUGGGCAUCAUGUUCCUGACUUCGACCGCCCACGGAUACGACGGUAGCCUAAUGGGAACCAUUCUCGUGACAAAAUCAUUCCGCGAAACCUUCAACACGGGCAAAGUCGGUGAGAAGUCGGCACUCAUCACGGCCAUGUACCAGAUUGGUGGUGUUUGUGCGCUGCCAUUCAUGGGCCCACUCAUUGAUCAGUGGGGACGUCGUGUGGGUACCAUGUUUGGCACAGGAAUCAUCAUUGUCGGCACCAUUCUUGAGGGGACGUCCGCGGCAAGCCAGAAUAUAGGACAAUUCAUGGCUGGCCGGUUUUUUCUCGGAUUUGGAGUGUACUUCAUUGCGGCGGCUGCUCCCACCUACGUCGUGGAGAUCGCCCACCCCAAGUUCCGUGGUGUUAUUACCGGUUUGUAUAAUAGCAUGUACUACACUGGUGCAAUCCUGGCUGCUGGCGUCACUCGAGGCGCUCAAACAUCCUCUGGAAACAAUCCCUGGCUCAUUCCAACAUGGGUCCAGAUGGCAUUUCCUGGAAUCGUCUUCCUCAGCGUCAUGCUCUUUCCUGAAUCCCCACGUUGGUUAUUCACCCAUGGCAAGCAGGACGAGGCAAAAAAGAUAUUGGUUAAAUAUCACGGGAACGAUAACCCGGAUAGCGUUUAUGUGCAGCUUCAGCUGCGCGAGUUCGCCGAAAUGCUCGAAAUUGACGGUGCCGAUCAGCGAUGGUGGGAUUAUAGCGCCAUUUUCCGUAAUAAGGCAUCGAUCCGCCGUAUUCUGUGUAAUGUCAUUCUUGCAGUCUUUUCCCAAUGGUGUCAAGGCGGCGUCAACUACUUCAUUGCUGGCUUCUACAACUCGGCUGGUGUGGAGGACGAGACAACGAUUCUUGACCUCAACUUGGGCAAGUAUGUGAUGUCUGGAGGAUUUGCAAUCUGCGGUGCGAGUAUGGCGGACACAUGGGGCCGUCGAAAGGUUCUCAUCUCUACCCAGUCCCUGCUGACUCUCUGCUGGGUUGGAAUCACCGUCGGAACGGCAUUGUACGCCACUCACCAUACCAAAAGUUCCUCCAUUGCUGGAAUAUUCUUCUUUUGGGCCUUCCAGGCUGUCUUCUCCUUUGGUUUCACCCCUCUCCAGGCACUUUACCCCGUUGAGGUCUUGUCGUAUGAGAUGCGAGCUAAGGGUAUGGCGAUUAAUUCUAUGGCGAACUCCGCAUCUUCGUUGGUCAAUCAAUUUGGUACAGCCACUUCCUUGGAGCGAAUUGGAUGGAAGACAUACUUGGUGUUUGCUUGCUGGACAGCGUUCCAGACUGUAUUUUCGUGGUGGUUCUUUGUUGAGACCAGAGGAUUCACUCUCGAAGAGUUAGAUCACAUCUUCAAUGCGGAGAAUCCGAAGAAAGAGUCUUUGCGCCACCGCAAGUUGGCCAUUGAUGCUGAAAAGCACCGAGUUGUGGCUGUGGAGGAGCUCUAA